AUGAAAAGUCUCAUCCUUUUCAAGCACUACAAUGUCUUCAUUGUCAAAAGGCUUUUACCAACGAAUAUGAACUCGAAGAGCACUAUCGUCACCAUGAUGACAUUCACCUCCGCCAUCAUAUCGACAGCUCUCGAACAAAGUCAGAGGAUGUCUUUCGAAAAUGGAGUCCCGGGGAUAGCUCAUGACGGAUAUGGACCUAACGAGUUACUAGGUGGACUUCCACGCGCAGACGGUGAUUUAGUUGCCAUAAGCUUGAUCAGCAAAGAGAGCCUGGAAAACAGGUACGCCCCUGACGGGACUUUCCGAUCUCCUCAGUCACCCAGGAGGCCUCAUUCAGUUCUGUCAAAACCCGAGAGAUUCAAGAGUAUUAAAGGAUUUUUCAAGAGAAAGUCGGAGGCCAAGCAAAAGCAUCCGCAGCACUCACCACAGACACCUACUGUAGAAAACCAGCGCAAGGAAUGGAAACUCGCAUACCUGCAUGAAUCAUCAACCUGGGUUGUUUCUAGUGGAAGUGACGGCUGGACACAAUCCUACACAUUGGGAGAGUCGAGAAGGGAAACAUACCAACGAAGCCAGUCAACACAGCCAGCAAACCUCUCAGGGUCGGCUCUUCCGGUUUAUGACAUCCUGACACAAAUAGGGACGUAUGCAAAGAGCCACGCAAUCCAAAAUGUGGCCGGACUGAGAAAAAUCAUGGACAUUCCCCCCAGCCUCCAUCAGGUAAAUGGGGCUCAUGUCGGGAGCUUACGCUGCUGGCUAGACGACGAGAAACACAACUCAGGUCGAGAGGGACUGUGUCCGGAAUCAGGCGUGACUAUAUUGUCCAAUGGAUUCUCCAAGCGCCUGCUAGCUUGGGAUACAUGCGGUAGGCACAGAUUGAUUGACGGUCAGGACCUAUGUAGGAUCGUUCCUGCUGUUAUCGGCCACCCGAAUGGCGACCUCGAGACCGUUAGGCUGUCCUUGGGGGCCGUUGCUCAGUAUCUUCUACAAAGCGGUAAUGUGCGUGCAGCAGAGGAGCUAUAUUGGGAUUUGUUUGAGGCAAUACGAGCUCUUGAUGGGAGUCUUGAUCUCGAAUUCAUUGUUUUAUGCGGUCUCGGACAUACAUAUAAUAAGCAGGAAAUGCGGGAACGAGCUAUCAUGAUUCACAUGAAGGCAUUGGACAGCUGUGAAAACAUCUACGGCUCUUCUGGAGUCAACAGCUUCACAAUUCUCACUCAGAUGGCGACCAACUACGAGAGACUCGGUCAAAUAGCUAAUGCCAUGAGUCUGUACCAGCGCGCGCUUCAAGGACGCUUGGACUGUGAUCAACAAGAAGAUGCCUUGGAUGACAAGGAAAAGCUGGGAGAGUUGAACCAAGCUUUGGGAAGAAAUACCCAGGCAGCUCGACUUUUCGAUGAAGUGUACCGGGGAUUCCAGGAGCUCCUUGGGCCCCAUCAUCGGAAGACUCUGCUGGCUAUGACCAAUCUGUCGGCUCUUCUUUUUGCCACAGGCCAUCCUGAUCGAGGCAUAUCGCUCUUGCUUACUGCAGUACCGCUAGCGUAUCGGAUUUUGGGACCUGAUGAUCAAGUAUCCAUGGCAUGUGUCUGUAACUACUUGAUAUACUCUCCGACAACUCGCCUUCAACCCUCAAUUCAAACGGUCACCGAUCAGUAUCUAAGCCGUAACAAUCAAUCCUCGCUGAAUGUCCUGAAGAGUCUUGCAGAGCUGUAUGGUAAAAAAGGCAUGGGCCGCCAGGCAGUGGAAACCUACAAGCUCUUGUCUGAGAGAAUCAAGUCGGUGAGUGGGACUUCAAAUCCAAUGAUACUGGAUGCUUUAUAUGGAUACGCUUUCUCGCUGCAGUGCGUUGGAAGAUUCAGUGAAUCGAUGGAGCAAUAUCGCCAUCUUCAUUCGCUGGCAGUCACACUUCAUCCAGCCCAAUCCCAAAGUUGGAUUAAUAUCGUCAAAAUCUCAUUGGAAGGGUUGAAUAAGACAAAGGCGGAUCUUGACCAGGAGAACCUGGACUGGGGAUUGGAUGUUCCUCAAGUGUGUUCGGACGAAACGUGUCCAAAUAUGACCAAACGAGUUUGCUCAAGUAAAAUACCAGCUUCCAUGAUUGCUUUUGGAGAUCUCUGA